CUUCAAGCUAUUUUGUGCUCCUCAGACAUGGCGUUGUUAUCUCUUGUCUCGCUGUCUCUCCUCUCCUCGCUGGUCCAGGGAUAUGCUAACCCCGGAUCAUGCUCUGGGGCAUGCAAUGUCCAUGACCCUGGAUUGAUUCAACGGCAAUCUGAUAAGGUGUAUUAUCGUUUCUCAACCGGUAACAAGAUUUCGUAUGCAUACUCCUCUUCAAUUGAGGGUCCGUGGACAAAUGUUGGUUCAAUGCUGCCUGAUGGGUCGUCAAUCGAUCUGGAGGGAAAUGAUGAUCUCUGGGCACCUGACGUUCAAUUAAUCAACGACGUAUACCAUGUGUACUAUUCAGUAUCGAGCUUCGGAUCUCAGAACUCUGCAAUCGGGCUUGCCACGUCCGAGACGAUGGACGAAGGAUCCUGGACCGACCAUGGCUCGACCGGUGUUACCUCCAGCUCAUCCAAAAACUACAAUGCCAUUGACGCCAAUGUAUUGAAUGAUGGCGGCUCGUAUUACAUGAACUUCGGUUCGUUCUGGGGCGACAUUUACCAGGUUCCUCUGAACUCGGCUGCAACGAAGGCUGCUUCGGCGUCGUACAAUAUCGCGUUUGAUCCGUCCGGUACCCAUGCCGUCGAGGGGUCAUAUUUGUAUAAAUAUGGUGACUAUUACUAUCUGUUUUAUUCGGCCGGCAUUUGCUGCAGCUAUGACACAUCGCGCCCUGCCAGUGGUGAGGAAUACAAGAUCAAGGUUUGCCGUUCUUCAUCGGCAACAGGCAACUUUGUCGAUGCGGAUGGCACUGCCUGUACGAACGGUGGCGGAACCGUCGUUCUCGAAAGUCACGGAACCGUUUAUGGACCUGGUGGACAGGGUGUUUUCACCGAUCCUGACCUUGGCCCUGUGCUUUAUUACCACUAUGUCGACACCACAAUUGGCUAUGGCGAUGGCCAGAAGUUGUUUGGAUGGAACAAGAUUGACUUUUCCAGUGGAUGGCCAGUUGUGUAGAUUAGGUCUUGUUGGUAGCAAGAUGGCAGACCUGCUGUCCAGCUCAUCG